UUUAACUUGUGCAAGCAUUCGAUCGGUGGUCACAAAGUACUUAAAAUAUCUACAGUGUAGUUGGACGAUUAAGAUGUCUCUCGACCAGGUACUGCAGAUAUCUUCUUUUUUUUCUGAUCGCGACGAUUCACGCAUAAAGAGUGCAAGAGUGCAUUAUCAAUGUUAUCAAUUUGAAGCGGCUGCCGAAGCUGUAAAGGCGCUCACAAAACGCCCUACUGACGAGGAGCUUUUGGAGCUUUACGCCUUGUUUAAACAAGCUACAGUUGGUGAUAAUAACACAUCCAAACCUGGUAUGCUGGAUUUAAAAGGGAAAGCCAAAUGGGAAGCCUGGAACAAGAAGAAGAGCACUUCACAAGAAGUGGCGAAGCAAGCCUAUGUCGAUUAUGCCAAUAAACUGAUAGCAAAAUAUAAGUAAUUUUGUCUACCAUGGUUGGUAGUUGCGUUCCUGCUGUAGUAAAUAAAAAAAAUGUAUUUUCAUAUUUUCUUAAGUAGCACCUUGCUAUUUAUAUUGAUAAAUUAAACGCAUUGCAAUUUUCACUACA